GACACCGCACAGGGCUGGGUCGAUUUGCUGUCUCCUGACCACCAGGUUCCGCGCCCCACAGAAGCUCCGCGGAAAGUGCUCGUAAUCGAUGCUUGCACCUCCCCUGCUUUCGUGGGGCUCAUCGAUGUGAACGACAGCGAACCAGGCUGCAAAGAGUUUCGACAGCUUCCUCUUCCGGGGUCAGCUUCCGGCGACUGGUUGCCAGUUUUUGCCGACCUUCAGCUUCGCCCAGAAGACCAGCCAGUGGUGCUGGUCGAGCCGAUGCACGCCAAGCGAGCCUGGCGAGAGCAGGUUUGCAAAGACUUGGUUCGCGCUGGUGUUCCAUCGCUUGCAUUUGUUCCUUCGGCGGUGGCUGCAUGUCAGAUCCACUUCUGUUCGCAGUCAAACACGGCAAGCAUUGACAGCAUGAUCGUUGUUGAUGUCGGCACUGCGCACCUCUCUGUGACACCCCUCUGUGAGGGCUACCUCCUCGUGCCGGCGAUCGUCUCACAUGAAGACUUGGAUCCUGAGGGGCCAGCCUGGCCGCAAAUCUCCAGCGCCAUACAGACAGCAGUUCGCCGCUGCCCCGUGGAGACAACCAGAAGCCUGCGCAGGCGAGAUCCCUUUCUGGACGACAAUGUCGUUGUGCAGGAAUACGUUUACGGAGCAGCGCCCUUUUCGAGGCGCGUGCAUCUCAUCGGCAGUCGAAGCUCCGAAGCUCUCGCCCAGCAGCUGCAGAACGGGUCGGGAGGGAUGCUGUCAGCGACGGCCGACGGACCAGAUGCCGCAUGGCGAGGUGCGGCCAAGGUGUGCCGGCACCCACAGCUGCAGAGCUUCUUGACCACCAGAGAGGAGUAUCUGGAGCACGGCUGUUCUGCUGUUCAUCGGAAGUGCCUCUGA